UUGACCCUUUUCAAUACCAGGAAAUCACGGGCAGCACUCAUGGCUACCGAGCCUUCUCCUCCUACCAUGAACACGACCGCCUCUCCGCAAGAGAAACGGCAUCGUUCGAUUUUUGAGGUUCCUUCUACCUUCUUCGACGGAUGUCGCUUAAUAUCGCCUGCUGCAACUACGGUACCGGAGCCACUUUCCAUCUCCGGGACUUCAAUUCUCGCUUACGACUUAGAUGACGCCGUUGAUAAACCCGAAAAAGCUCCCAGACACGAUGUUGUGCCGUCCAGAUGGACCUGCAACACUUGCAAGGGCGAGUUUGACUCUCUUCAGGACCAGCGGUCGCACUUCAAAUCUGAUAUUCAUCGCUUUAACGUAAAGCUAAGCCUUGCUGGGAAGGAUAUUGUGAAGGAGGAAGAUUUUGAUGAGUUGACCUCUGAUUCUUUCAAGGACUAUGACGUAUCAAGUAUAUCAGGAUCGGAAGAUGAAGCUGAAAAGGGCUCCUUGACUCGCAUUGAUCUGCGUAAAGGAUCAACUGAAAUUAGGCAGAAGCUAUUUAUUCAUCUCCAGACUCGAGAGAGGGUUUCAAUCUGGAAGUGUUUACUUCUGAAUGAAUCAGAAAGUAUUUCAUACGAGAAUGACACAGGAAUCUCUGCCGAUAAUAGCAGGAUCACGCCACACUUGACAAAAAGUGAAGUGCUCGCGAGAUUGAGAUUUUUGACACAUGAGCCUAGGGAUAAUAGUCAAUUGAGGAUUGUUUUGCUUGCAAGUGGUGGGCACUUUGCUGGCUGUGUCUUCGAUGGUAGCCUGGUUGUGACCCACAAAACAUUCCACAGAUAUGUUGUAAGAGCCAAGUCCGGGAGGACACAGUCAUCGAAAGAUGCGACUGGCAAGGCGGCGAAUUCCGCUGGAGCUGCACUUCGGCGUUACAAUGAACUAGCUUUGAAGAAGGAUAUUCAAGAACUACUUGCUUUGUGGAAACCUUAUUUUGAAGCUUGCUCCUGCAUUUUCAUUCAUGCUCCAUCAACCAAUCGCCAGCUACUUUAUAACGGAGAAAAGCCAUACUUUAGUCAUCAGCACUGUGUUAUUUGUAAUGUUCCAUUGACUGUUCGGAGGCCUACCUUCAAGGAAGCCAAGCGUAUAUACAACCAGUUGACACAAGUGGCCUAUGAGGUAGAUGACAAGGACAUUGGUAUUAAAGAGGAACCCCCACUAACCACAAGCACUAUAAGCAAUGGCAACCUGGAGUCUAUGAAAGUGGACUCCAGGAAAAAAAUUAUUCAUGGAGAAACCGUUGAAGCUUUUUCAAGUCUUAAAUAUCCUGAUGAGCCUUCUAGAUCCAGUGAAAGUGACAGUGAAUCAGUCUGUACGUCGACACCUUUGCAUGAAGCUGCACAAUCGGGAAAUGUUCCCAAGGUUUUGGAACUCCUAGAACAGGGUUUGGAUCCUUGCAUCAAGAACGAAAAUGGGCAGACCCCUUAUAUGGUGGCAAGUGAGAAAGAAGUCAGGAAUACUUUCAGGCGUUUUAUGGCUUUAAACCUUGAUAAGUGGGAUUGGCAUGCUGCAAAUGUGCCUAGUGCGUUAACAAAAGAAAUGGAGGAAUCUCAGGCUGCUAAGCAGGCAGAGAAAGACGCAAAGAGGAAAGCAAGAGCGAAGGAAUUAAAGAAAUUACGUAAAGCGAAAGAGAAGAAGGCUCAGGAACAGGCUGCUGCAUCCCAAAAUGCUAAACCUGAUGUCAAGAAUCAGCCUGCUUCACCUUCAGUUUCCAGGGGACCGUCUCAAUCUAGUGGAGGAUCAAGGAUGUCAAUGGAGGAGGAAAGAAAGCAAGCACAGGCUGUUGAGAGGGAAAAGAGAGCUGCUGCAGCUGAGAAGAGACUAGCUGCAACCCUUAAUGCCCAACACAAUAGCACAACUAGUGAUCCUAGCCCUUCACAACCCAAAAGUGGGGCAGCAACCGACUUAAAUUGCUCUUGCUGUGGUGCAUCAUUGGCUGGUAAAGUUCCGUUUCACAGGUAUAAUUAUAAAUACUGCAGUACAUCUUGCAUGUAUGUUCAUAAAGAGCACCUGGAGGAUGAAUAACUAUAUUAUUCAAAUUUUCUUGUGUAAUUCUUAAUUUAUUUGAAGCGUAGGGUUCAUAUUCCGAUAGGGUUCAUAUCUCCGCCCACAUUGUAUCAUCGUAUGUCCUUGUUCUGCGUUAUGCUCGUUCUCUAAGGCUUUGUCUCGCAUUUGAUGGACAAAAUUAUCCACAUAUUUUUUACCCUAUUUUGGGGCAGAGACGUGGAUCAGUUUGGAAAAGAUUUGAGAACAAUUUGC